AUGGCAUUGGCGUCUAGGCCGGUAGGCAUGUCAGAGAAGACCAUUUCGCUCAUCCACGAGCCUGACACGGGUUCGUCAUGCUGGCCGGGCCGAAAUCGGCUGAGGAGUGCACACUUCAAAGUCUGCCGCCAGUUAAUAAAUCAUCUGAUCAGAGUCAUUCUGGCGAGGGCUCAUGCCGGCCAAACCACCUAUCGCCUGACGACCGACCGUCCAGGUUCCCUGUGCUUUGCUCUGUUUACGGGCCUUGCAUCAUACCUUGCGUUCCCACCCCUCGACUCUGACACAGUACCAAAACCCAUAUAA